AUGAAGAAGCAUCCAGUUGUGCCAGAGCCGCGAUCAGAACCUGAUGAACUGCCGGACCCCGAAAUUCCCAAUGGAAGGGGUGCAGAUCCUGCAGUGUUCGGAGCGUCAGGGCUGGACGAUUCCCUGAACUCCGGGAUUGCGGCUCAGAAGGACCAGAUGAGCGACAUCGGCAUGAUCAGACAAUUGCUCAGUCGCAAGGUCACUUGGGUUGUGGUGACGGUGCUGGUGGUAAGCCUAUGCUACGCACUCACGCGGCCUGUGGUCUGCUCUUCCUUGGAGAAGUGCGAGCUGAGCCAUCAAGGCUCUGCAGAAUUGGCGCCCUAUAGUCGAUAUAUUGCCUCGGCAUUGACUGCAGUGCUCUUGCAUGAGCUGGUAUCCGUCGUGCUCACACACAGGACAGCUAGGAAAGCCAUCCACCUUAUCCCAAAUAUCCGAGAGUCACUGCUCCCAUCAGCGCUCCUUUGCACUACCUUUGCUGUACUCCUUGUCGAAAACAUGGUCUUCUUCAUUGGGCACAAAACUUGGUUUGCGCAUGCAGCCUCAGUUGGCCGAGAGGAUUUGGAUGGACUGCCGGUAUACACUGUCUUCUAUGCUGAGUGGCUGAUUAAUGUCCCAAUUCUCCUAAUCCUCGCCGGAACAUGCGCCCUUGGCCGACCCGGACCGGAAGUGGCCGAGCCACUGGUCAUAACCAAUGUCUACAUGGUCUUUGCGUGGAGCGCAAACUUCAUUCCCAGUGUCCCCAUGCGGUACACAGUGGUAUGCGUUUCUUUCCUGAUGUACUUCCGGGCAUCGCGUGAUAUGAUUGUCUGGGUGAAGCGCUGGAAGCAGGAAAACCCCGAAUGCCACAUUUUGGGUCGGCCACUCCUGGCCAUCAUGCUCAUCAUCGUGUUCGGCGUGUAUGGGCUCGUCUACCUUGGAAGAUUGGAGGGCAUAGUGCCAUGGAGGGGAGAGCGGCUCUUCUUCCUCACGAUGAACUUCACCACGAAGCUCUGCGCCUCUAUGGCGCUGGCAGGAAUACGCUCAAGCGAGUUUCAAGAAGUUUUGUUGGCCAUGCUGGCAAACACUCAGACCUCCUUUAAGAGGGCUUUGAACUAUGAGGAUGUACCUCUCCUGCGCGACUAA